CCUCCCCUUCUCCAGCCUGCAUCACCACUCAAUUCCACCACCCGCUCACACCCCUCCUCUCAGCCUUGCGUCCGCUUGCCUACCUGCACUCAACGACGGCCUCGUCAGUUCCGAUCGACUCGAUUCUCUCCCUCGAAUCGAACCUUCCACCCAUAAAAUCCUUCCCCCGCCCCGGAAACCCCGCGAUCGAGACACGCCCAUCAUGGAUAUCCGCCUGCUCAAGUCCGCCGACCUCCCCCUCAUACAGCACGCCAACCUCGAGAACCUGCCCGAGAACUACUUCCUCAAGUACUACCUCUACCACGCCCUCUCGUGGCCCCAGCUCAGCUAUGUCGCCGUCGAUGUCUCGCGCCCGAAGCGCACCCCCUACGACUACCCCAAGAUUGUCGGCUACGUCCUGGCCAAGAUGGAGGAGGAGCCCGCCGACGGCAUUGCCCACGGCCAUAUCACCAGCCUCAGCGUCAUGCGCACCCACCGCCGUCUGGGUAUCGCUGAAAAGCUGAUGCGCCAAAGUCAACUCGCCAUGGUCGAGACCUUUGGCGCCCAGUACGUCUCCCUUCACGUCCGCGUCUCCAACCAAGCCGCCAUCCACCUGUACCGCGAUACCCUGGGCUUCAAGACGGAAAAGACGGAGAGCAAGUACUACGCCGACGGCGAGGACGCCUUCUGCAUGAAACUCGACCUGGGUUACAUCCGCGAGCAGGUCCAGGACGAGCGCGACCGCGAAGAGGAGAAGGACGGCGAGCCCGUUGACGAGGGUGAGGCCGUCGGUGAUGUCGGCCGCGACCCCAGCGCUACCGCCGCCGCCGACAAGAAGCGCAAGGUCAAGGUUGGCCGCGGCCUCGGCGUCGGCGAGCUAGUCGAGAAGAACGAGAGCAAGAACUAAGGACCCGAACCUUUGUACAAUCCAGCAGCUAGAGGCUGGCUGCAGAAGGGUGGCAUCGUCGACAUUGUUGAAAGCGGCGAGUCUUGCGCCUGAACACGCAGUGGAGGGAGAAGCUGCAAGGAUCUCGGAAGUGUUUUGAGAGACUGAUGGCGCAGGCCUUGCGGUCACAGCCACACCCCUUGGUCCUUUCAGAAGUUCACAUCUUGGGAUGGUGCUAAAUUCGAACUGAAAUCGAUAUCGAAGGGGUUGCAGGCUUUACAACAGGUGAGCCAACGAAACAAGGAGUUCUGUUAGCAGACAACCAGCAUAUCUCUACACACCAUUGCAGGGAGGAAGUUUCAAAAAUGCCCCAAAAGAACGGAAGAAUCACGAUGACAAAUACAACGCAUCAUAGCACGGGUUACCAAAAACAAGAACAAAAUAGACGAGACAAAAGGUGUUAGUUUUGAAUGGAAGCAAAGGGAGGGGGGGGAAGAGCACUCUGGUCUAUUUUUCUACACCUUACAUACAACCCCCCCUUUGUGUAUGUGUACCC